CCAUCCCCGGAGAAGGAGCAAGUAGUGAACUUGCCGUGUUACCUGCUUAAAGGCGCCGCCGGUUGCGAGAGAAAAGCGCAUGUUUGCUAGAGAGAAAUACUCAAAGAAAAGCGGCCGAACUCUAAGAUUAAUCCAGAAAAGAGUCCUCCGUGAUCCCAUUACGAGGAAUCAGCGCGUGUGCAAUUGUCAAAGAUGCGGAAACAACUACAGAAGCAGCCGCAGUCUGGAUUGUGAUCCACUGGGGCAUGCACCGAGGAAGGCAUGCCUUGGCUGAAGAGAAGGGUAAUAAUCCUCCAACUUGGGCCCAAACAUCCCGAAGUUGUCUGCGUAGAGCAAUAUCAGUGCUAUGAAUCCGCUGAUUUUCGGAAAUAAAGAGUUGUGUAUGGACCUUAUCCAUAAUGUCAAAAGUCAUCCAGAAGAAGAACCACUGGAUCACUAAAGUGAACGAGAGCGCGGUUAUCCGGGACGCGUGUGGGGAGCUGAACGCAGAGCUUAGCGGCGGAGCGGAGAAUGGAGAGUUUCCAUAUAUUGGGCAAAUUAGAGAGGAUGCUGUGGUUUAUCAGGAGGGCAAACUCUGUGAGGGGGAACUGCUGCUGGAAGUUGAGGGGCUGUCUGUGUCAGGAUUACCCCUUUAUGAUAUUUAUACUUUGAUCAACUGCUGCAAAGGUCCCGUCAGGUUGAAAACUGUUCGUCAAGGUCACAAACUCAACAAGGACCUGAAGCACUUCCUGAGCUUAAGGUUUCAGAAGUCAUCACCAGACCAUGAGUUGCAAAAGACCAUUCGAGCCAAUUUAUAUCGUCAUGCUGUGCCUUGUACAACCCGCCUCCCUCGAGACGGCGAGAUCCCAGGAGUGGAUUACAACUUCCUGUCUGUUGAGGACUUUCUACAACUUGAGGAGAGUGGCACACUUCUGGAAAUAGGAACGUAUGAAGGUAACUAUUAUGGGACCCCCAAGCCGCCAAGGCAGCCCAUCAUUGGGACCUUGACUCUCAGUGAUGCAGGCUCCCAUCAGACCACCCCAAAGCGCACCAAGUCCUACAAUGACAUGCAAAACGCCCGCAUAGUGCCUGCUGACGACGACGAUGACGACCAGGCCACGGAAAUGAACAACAGUUUUACAGGUAACCCUAACGACCAGGACGAGAGCCGUGGCAGCAUCCUCCGGCCGUACCCUGCACGUGACAAUGCUCUAUCCUGUGGUCUGAACAAUGCAGCCACCUCCACAGCAGAAAGCGGCCAGCAGACACUCGCUGAACCGCAGGUCUCUCCAGAAGACCCGCUGGGGCCCCUGCCUGAAAACUGGGAGAUGGCCUACACUGAAAACGGAGAACUGUACUUCAUAGACACGGCAAAGGCACACCAGCAGGACAUGGCUGUGUAUUUUCAGAGUUUCCACAACACAAAGACCACAUCAUGGCUGGACCCCCGGUGCAGAGACAAAGCUUCCAGGCCUUUGGAAGAGUGUGAGGAUGAUGAAGAAGGGAUACAUACAGAGGACCUAGAGUGUGAUCUAGAGCUGCCUCCAGGAUGGGAGAGAAUAGAUGACCCUGUGUACGGGGUGUACUAUGUAGAUCAUAUUAACAGAAAGACCCAGUAUGAGAACCCAGUGUUGGAGGCGCGGCGUAGAAAAAUCCUGGAGCAGCAGCCACAGCCGCAGCCUCCAGAAGGUGAGCGGUAUAUUCGAGAGUGGAUAGAGGAGCAUUCCUCUGCAGCCGCUCCACUAGCAAACUAUGCUCCAAACCACCUGGAGACCUACAGGGACCCCCAAGUCCCACCAGCACUACCUCCCAUCCCUGCAGGAGUCAAACGGGGAAAACCUUUCUUCACAAGAAACCCAGCAGAGCUGAAAGGAACCUUCAUCAACACAAAGCUGAAGAAAAGUCGCAGAGGAUUUGGCUUCACUGUGGUUGGAGGUGACGAGCCUGAUGAGUUUUUACAAAUCAAAAGUCUGGUGCUGGACGGGCCUGCAGCUGUGGAUGGCAAGAUGGAGACAGGUGAUGUGAUAGUUAGUGUCAAUGACACCAUUGUGCUGGGCUACACACAUGCUCAGGUGGUAAAAAUCUUCCAGUCCAUCCCUAUCGGCUCCAUGGUGGACCUGGCUUUGUGUCGUGGUUACCCACUGCCCUUCGACCCCGAUGACCCCAACACCAGCCUGGUGACCUCAGUGGCAAUUUUGGACAAGGAACCGAUUAUCGUCAACGGGCAAGAGACGUUUGACUCGCCUGCUAACCAGGCUGGACCCAUUAAUGGCAUGCGUGAGCCACGGUCACAUAGCCCCUCGGCUGAGGUUGCAUCUAAUGGGUCCCACGGCUACUCUAGCGAUGUGGUCACCCUGGCCUCUUCCAUAGCCACCCAGCCCGAGCUGAUCACCAUUCACAUGGAGAAGGGAGACAAAGGUUUUGGCUUUACUAUCGCCGACAGCCUGACAGGAGGAGGCCAGAGGGUCAAGCAGAUAGUAGACUAUCCACGAUGCCGUGGCUUAAAAGAGGGGGACAUUCUGAUGGAGGUCAACAAGAGGAAUGUCCAGAAUAUGACUCACAACCAAGUGGUGGAUCUGCUGAGCAAAUGUCCCCGAGGGAGUGAGGUCACUAUGCUGGUGCAAAGAGGAGUGGUGCCAGCCAAGAGGAGUCCAAAGCUGGUGCACCAGUUAGAGAGAAAAGACAGCCAGAGCAGCUCCCAGCACAGUGUGUGCAGCCACCGCAGCAUCCACACAGAUUCUCCCAGCCACCCACCCUCUGCCAUGCCCAGUGAGGCGGUGGCUCCCACUCCGGCUGCCCCCACCCAACCUCUGCCAGGCCUGCCCCCCUUGGACCCUGCAGAUGGCACUCUUACCUUGCAGAAGAAACCAGACCCUUUUAAGAUCUGGGCACAGUCCAGGAGUAUGUAUGAGAGUCGAUUGCCAGAUUGCCAGGAGCAGGACAUUUUCCUUUGGCGGAAGGAUACAGGUUUUGGCUUUCGAAUCUUGGGUGGAAAUGAGCCUGGGGAACCAAUCUACAUUGGGCACAUAGUGAAGUAUGGGGCCGCAGAUGAAGAUGGGCGCCUGCGGUCGGGUGAUGAGCUCAUCUGUGUGGACGGCACAGCAGUAGUGGGAAAGUCUCACCAGCUGGUGGUGCAGCUGAUGCAGCAGGCUGCCAAACAAGGCCAUGUCAACCUCACUGUCAGACGGAAGAGUCCCGGAUAUGGAGUGUCUAAAGGAGAGGGUGAUGUUCCCCCGUCGCCGGCCUCCUCCCAUCAUAGCAGCACCCAGGCACCCAGUCUGACGGAGGGCAAGAGGACCCCUCAGGGGAGCCAGAACUCACUAAACACUGUCAGCUCUGGAAGUGGUUCUACCAGUGGCAUAGGCAGCGGUGGUGGAGGUGGUAGUGGGAGUGCGGUGGUGCCUGCUUCCCUACAGCCAUACGAUGUGGAGAUCCAGCGGGGAGAAAAUGAGGGAUUCGGGUUUGUCAUUGUGUCAUCUGUUUCCAGGCCUGAUGCUGGCACCACCUUUGCUGGAAAUGCUUGUGUGGCAAUGCCCCACAAAAUAGGACGGAUCAUUGAGGGCAGUCCAGCGGACCGCUGCGGCAAGCUAAAGGUCGGGGACCGAAUACUGGCUGUUAACGGCUGCUCCAUCACCAACAAGUCACACUCAGACAUUGUCAACCUGAUCAAGGAAGCCGGGAACACAGUCUCACUCAAGAUCAUCCCGGGUGAUGAAACUUCCAAUGCUUCUCUGCUCACUAAUGCUGAGAAGAUAGCUACCAUCACCACCACACACACACCUCAGUCCACAGAGACCAGGAAUAAUUCAAAGUCAAAGGGAGCUCCUCCUCCACCACCCACACAAACUCAGACAAUGCAGGAUGCAGAGUUCUACUCUGUGGACCUCGAGAGAGACAGCAAAGGCUUUGGAUUCAGCUUGAGAGGAGGACGGGAAUACAACAUGGACCUUUAUGUGUUGAGACUAGCAGAGGAUGGGGCUGCUGUCAGAAAUGGCAAGAUGAGGGUGGGAGACGAAAUCCUGGAGAUUAAUGGUGAGAGCACAAAGAACAUGAAGCAUUCACGAGCCAUUGAACUGAUCAAGAAUGGCGGUCGGAGGGCACGGCUCGUCCUCAAACGGGGUGAUGGAUCUGUACCUGAAUAUGACGGCAGCAGUGACGGGCACCCUCCCACACCCGGGGCACAAAACACUCCGGAAGUGAGAGUGCUGCCACACAACAGCCGAUUUCACACCACACUGGAGUCAAGUUAUCCACCAGACCUUCACAAACCAUCUCGCCUGGAGGAGGCUGCACAUGGUCGAGAUAUAAACAGGGACAUGGCUGGGUCAGAUCAGAUGGACUUCCAGGGCCGGCAAUUCAACCCCCAUCAUCAUUACACCUGGAGUAACAAUCACAGUCAAACUACCCCCAGACAGCAGUCUCCUGACAACAGUAACAGCAGUAGCAAUGGCAACAAGAAAAGCCGAGGUCGCAAAGUGAAAAAGUCUGAGUCUGAGAGCGGCAUCUCUAAACUCCUAAAGACUCUGAGGAAGGACAACUCGGGGAAGAAGGCUGCAGCUGCUGAGAAAUUGAGAGGACGAGAUAUCUCGAGUAGCAGUUCUACUUUAGACGGAAGGUUUCAUCUGCAGCGUCGCGGCUCCCUGGACCGCUCGCCAACCAGGAAGCGCACCUCAUCUCCAGAUCGCCGAAGGGCAAAAUCCAUGGACCGCAGGGCAGAGCGAGCACAUCGUGACCGCACACCUGAGAGGGAGAACGACGACGGAGGGUUCCUCGCAGUCACCCCCGAACGGAAAUUCUAUGAGCGGAGGCUCCUCAAGGACUCACAGAUGACUGGGCGAGUCUGGGAGGCCACAACCCCUGAGCGAACCAACAACAACGGGGAUUCCUUGUCUCGUUCCAGGGGCCGCACAUAUGAUAGAGCCAAGAAGAACGGCAACCUUCUGAGAGACUCUUCCUCAGAGAGGAAGGAGGAGAGACACCGGACAAACGGGACAAUGGAGAGACGAUACAGAACGGAGCGGGACUCUUCCCCUGACAGCAACUAUAGCCGGGACGAGCUGAACUAUGCAGCAGCACCAAGACUGAAAGACUACUAUAGCAUGAUGAAGAACAACGCUGCACAAAACAAUGCUGCCUACAACAACACAGGCCAUAACAAUAACACAGUAGGCCGCAGUUCAAACCAGAUCCCUGAGCCCAAGAGAAGGCUGUAUAAAGAAAGCCCUAAAGACCUCAGCAUCUAGAGCAGAGCAGAUUCCCCUCGCCACACUCUCCUCUAUCUGUGCAAACUAUGUACCAUACACUGGAAUUGGGACUACUGACAAUACUAACUCUUAUUCUUUAUUUGGUCGAAAGGUUUAUUGAUUGAUUUGAUUGACUUAACUACUUGUGAUCGCAUCCAGAGAUUCAUAAAACAGCAGGAGUACAAUCCUUUUAUCAGUUUAUACUGGUCGUUUUGUCAUUGUUCUGGUUAUUUUGAACAUAACAGAGGUUGUUGUUCUAUAGUAAAGGUAUUGUAUGUGCCUGCAUAUGAAAUCAGUGAUAUUGCUUUUUGUAGGCAUUGCUGACUCUAAAUAUUUGUUCCCUCAGAGGUAUGAACCAUGCUUCCAUUUGUGGUAACUUCUAAGUGCUGACCUUGUUUUCAACUUAUUUUUAGAUGUCUUUUUCAAUCCUCAAUUGCUUUAUUGAACAAACUAUAGCACAAGACACUGUUAGUUCGCAACAACUGCUGAAAUAACAAUGGAGUUAAAGUAAAAAUCUGAAUUUAAGAUCAGAUGGUAAAAUUCAAGUGAUAAAUGACUAAAUUAAUAUAUUACCCUUUUUGCGUUUGCUUACUAUUUAUUCUUGAUUUGGCACAUAUUUUAAGCAAGCUGCAAGAAGAAGUGUAAGCAUGUUGAAUUCUUGUUGAAAAAACAACUUACCCUUUGCUCUUCUGUGUAUACUGAUGGAGUUGGGAAGGAGCUUGACUCACUUUCAAAUUACAGGCAAAACUGGUCAUUGUUUUAAAAAAAAUGAGUCAUCUAAAUUUGUUGCUGAAUUAUAAUUCAGUAAUGUAUACAAAUCUGCAUUUUGCCAUAAUACCAGCUGAAGCUGCCAUGAAGUAUGAUAUUUUCAGAUAUGUCUAACGAAAGCAAAUAAAUGUAAAUUAUCCCUGUGCAAGAUGCAUGUGUAAGUUAAAAUGUAGUGUAACCACUUUAUUUAAUCGGUCUGAGUGAGAGUAAUCAAUGAGGAACACACACUGUAAUUCUUAGCCUGGUCCUCAUGUUUAUUCUACCCACACCGUUGUACACCCACCACCUCCUGGGUCCUGACACAAAGAGCUGAUGUGGUUUGUUGUGAUGGUAACAUACGGAGAGUCCUGGUACAGGAAACGACUAAUCUGCCAUGCUGAGCCAUGCUGUCAUGCCACUAGAGUCUGACUGCUGCUUUUUAAUGUGUUUUGUGUGUGUUAUCUGUUUUAUGUUUCAUUUAAGAACUAAGAAUAUAUUGGAUAAGUCACAACAAAAGCAUUGUUUCAUCACUGUCGUCACCAUGGUACUGUAUUCAACAAAAACAGAAAAUCAACAAAAAAUAAAUAAAAAAUAAAAAAAAUUGUUAUCGGCCAUCACCGUAAAAAAAAAAAGAAAAAAAAAAAGAAAAAAACAGUUACCAAUAUAACUACUAGGAACCUGUUGAGGAAUAAAAUGUUGCCUUUUUCUUGUACAAAAGAGAAAUUUAUGAAAAACCUCAGUAGUGAGGAAUGUGAUAUUGUGUUUAUAUCCCAGAAAUGGACCUGAUGAUGAUUUAUGGGAAUUAUGUUGAUUUACUCUGGAUCAGGUAUGUAAAGACAACAUGAAAGACUGUAUUUGGUCAAUCAAAAACUGUUUGAUGGUUUGAAUCUCUCUUGAUGGUUAGCCUGCCUUUGUAUUAUAAAGCACUUGUAUGCAGUCUGUGUUCUUCAAGCAUUAUUUCUUGCAGCGUGCUCCAGACAUAAUGCUGUCUCUGUGUUGAUAAAAGCAGUACAUGUAUAUGGGCCAAUCUUUUUUAUAACUAUGCAUAUAUAAAUACUACAUUGUUCAUAGCUUUAUUUGACCCAUGAAGCUAUACAUAACAUUAGUCAAAGUACAAGUAGAUGUGGACUUAUCCAGCUUCUUUCCUUGAGAUGGAUUACAAUGUAUAUGUAGCUAUCAAAAGAAGUCUGUGAAUGCUAUUUUUAUUAUCAAAUAAAGUUUUCCAUACAAAUUAAAAA